CAGUGCGAGAGGAGGGCCAUCGACGGCACGUUGUGUUGCCCUCAGCCAAGAAAUGCUUGUCCAGUGGCAUUCAGUUCGAUUCUAGCCGUGGCACUGAGCAGAACAGAGACAUGGCACAAGCAAAAGUACUGCCACAAUAUAUAGCCGGCUUGUCCGCAGCCUUUGGAGCCUUCUGUAUGGGCGCCAGUAUGGGCUGGUCAUCGCCUGUAGAACAAAUGUUGACGGAGGAGAACGCUUACGGGUUUCCAAUAUCCAGCGACCAAUUCGGCUGGCUCUCCUCUCUACUAACACUCGGUGCAACCGUCGUUUGCAUACCCGCAGGAUUCAUUAUUGACUGGAUUGGCCGCAGACCGACAAUGUUGGCCCUGAUCCCGCCGUACAUGGUGGGCUGGAUUCUGAUGAUCUUUGCACAGAAUGUGAUGAUGCUCUAUUUUGGACGUUUCAUUCUGGGCGUUUGCGGUGGUGCCUUUUGUGUGACUGCCUCCAUGUACACCACGGAAAUAUCUACCGUGGCCACACGUGGCACGAUGGGAAGUUUUUUCGAGCUCAACACCGUCUCGGGGCUACUAUACGGGUAUAUUGUGGGCGGCUACCUUCCGCUGUUGUACAUCAAUACACUCUGUGCCAUAUUACCUCUAAUCUUUGCCGCGGUGCACUUCUUUAUGCCGGAAUCGCCAGUUUAUUUGGUCAUGAAAGGCCGACCUGAAGAUGCAACCAAGAGUCUUCUCUGGCUGCGUGGCAAGGACUGCGAUGUCAGCUACGAGCUCAGGGAAAUUCUGGAGGAGAGAACCAAGAACGUGGAUGAGCCCAAGGUUAGCACCUUUACUGCGCUGCGACGUCCCAUAACCCUCAAGGGAAUUGGCAUUGCGGUCAUGCUGCAGGUUCUGCAGCAGUGGACAGGUGUUAAUGCCAUCAUGUUUUAUUCCACGUCCAUUUUCGAGGACGUUGGUUCAGGCCUCAGCGGCCGCAUCUGCACCAUUCUGAUCGGAGCUACCCAACUGGUUAUGACUCUUGUGGCAACGUUAAUCGUCGACAAGGUUGGUCGCCGCAUUCUACUGCUCUUUUCUGCCUUCUUCAUGGCAAUUACGACCUGCCUGAUGGGCGUGUAUUUUCAAAUGAAGGACUCCGACCCGGAUUCGGUGGCUUCUAUCGGAUGGCUCCCCAUCACCAGUACUCUCGUUUUCAUUGUGGCCAGCGCCGUUGGCUUUGGGCCCGUGCCCUGGCUAAUUAUGGCCGAGCUCUUUACUGAGGACGUCAAGAGUAUUGCUGGUUCCAUUGCGGGUACCGUAAACUGGUUCUCCGCAUUUUUGGUCACUAAACUCUUUCCGUUAUUAAAUAAUAAUAUUGGAUCGGCGCCAACAUUUUGGAUUUUUUCCGGUAUCGGUGUCUUCGCUUUCGUAUGGACCUUUAUUUGGGUGCCGGAAACAAAGGGUAAAACGCUUCUCGAGAUUCAGCAUCUGCUAGCUGGCGGCCGCAUAUCCAAUAAUCCAAUAAGCCAACAAGCAAUUCCAACCUCCUGGGACAACAGUCAAGUAUCUAGUUAUAGUUUUAACACUGCUAGAAAAGAUCAAGUAUUCUAUAGUCAUUCCGCAAGGGUAAACAAAUGUUGAAUCCACAUAAAACAUUUUUGAUAACGCCGAAA